AUGGCACGAAACUUGGCUAGGAGUUUCGAGGACAAUCUCGCAGCGCUUGUCCAAUCUUGUGGGCGCGCGAGAGAUCUGGCUGCCCUAAGGCAGAUCCACGCAUCGAUCCGAUCGAGCGAAGCAAGCAGCUCUAGAUACCUCAGCAAUCUCUUGAUUGAAACGUAUAGCCAGUGUGGCGCGCUCGAGGAUGCCUGUGCGACCUUUGCCGCGAUCGAAUCGCCCAAUCUCUUCUCCUGGAACAUCAUGAUCGCGGUGUUUGUUCGCCAUGGCUAUGUCGACAAUGCCAAGCUCUUGUUCGAUUCCAUGGGCGAGAGGGACGUGAUUUCGUGGAAUUCGAUGCUUCAGGCCUAUGGAAACUCCGGGAGAUCCACCGAGGCGAAGGAGAUCUUCGAUUCUAUUCCAGAGAAAGACGUUGUUUCAUGGAACACUUUGAUCGCAGCAUUUGCCCGAACAAGGCAUUGCGAUGGCGCGAAUGAUCUCUUCCAAAGAAUGCCUUUGUGGGAUCUUAUUUCUUAUAACACUCUCUUAGAAGCAUAUCUAGUAGCGCACAGGAACGAUGAGGGUAGCAUAAUAUUCCAGAAUAUGCCAGAAUGGAACAUUCGUUCCUACACAACCAUACUAGCAGCAUAUGCCCAAGCUGGGCAUUUGGAAGAUGCGAAGGUACUGUUUGACGAGAUGCCGGUGUACGACGUGGUAGCACAAAACACCAUGGUGCAAGCAUAUACGCGGAGCGGCCAGAUGGAGGACGCGGAGAGGCUGGUUGCCACCAUGGUGGAGAAGAGCUAUGCCACUUAUAACACCAUGGUGGCGGGAUAUGCCCAGAACGGGGAUCUGCGCGGGGCAAAGCGAGCGUUUGAUGCCAUCCCGGAUCGAACCGUCGUCUCGUGGACGGCGAUUCUCGCGGCAUAUUCUCAGUACGGACUGCUGCGCGUGGCCCAGCGGCUAUUCGGCGCGAUGCCUGUCCGGAAUGUUGUGUCCUGGGCGGCGAUGAUCGCCGGCUAUGCCCAGUCGGGUCGAUUGCUGGCCGCGAUCGCGAUGUUCCAGGAGAUGGCGAUGGAGGGAGUGAGACCCAACGAGAUUUGCUUCGUGAUUCUCCUCUCGGCGUGCAGCCGGACUGGAUCGGUGGAGGAGAGUUGGGAAUUCGCGGCGUCCAUGGCUCGCGACUAUGGAUUGGAGGCGUCCAGGGAGCACUAUGUGUGCUUGAUCGAUGGAUUUGGGAGGGCUGGGAGGAUGGCGACCGCGCGGGAGCUCGCGGAGGGGAUGCCGGAUCAACCCAAUGGCGUGGCGUGGGCGGCAUUGAUGAGCGCAAGCAAGAUCCACGAGCCUGGAGGGAAAUUUGCGGGCAGGAACGUCAUCGAGGCCGACGACCCAGCUUCCUAUGUGCUGCUUGCGAGCAGCUACGCAUCCUGGUAGCCCCGAUUCCUCUUUGGAGACCCAUUCCCGCGAGAUCAAAGCGCUCAGGGAGGAAUCCGGGGAAAUAGUUUUUGAAUUCCAGCAUGGUUCUUGGAAUUCCGGUCGUGGGCACACUUUUUGAUGCUACUCCGGCCAGGAUUCGACGCGGAUUGGUAUUAAAAAGGCCUGGCAGGACAGAAUUCCCUCGCUCCCCUGCUUCUAGGCUCCAUCCCCUGGUUUUAGGGUUCUUCCAUCAAUGCUCUACCACCUAACGCAGUGCCACAAAGAAAGCGCUGUAGUAAUUGGAAUGCGAUGUGCGAGAGUGCAUUGAUCCAUGGUACUACCACCACCUCAAAGUUUGCUUGUCUUUCCACCAAACUCUUACUCUCCUCGCGCGAUCGAGCCCUGAUUUGUGGAUGCGAGCGAGAUUUUCGUUAGUAGAAAUUUUUCCGCCUC